AUGAAGCUGCUUUUAGAGGACGCCGGUGUCCCCUACGCUGUGCGCUGUGAGGAGUUGGGUCCCUCCAUCUCCUUCGACUUGUGGAGAGGUUCUGAAGCCGCAAUCACUGUGGACAACACUCCCUUUCCAGUGAUGUUCCCUCCAGCAAUUUGGCAUCGACCUCAUGAUGGCGAGGAGGUCUUCGUGAAUACGCAGAUCGCCUGUCUGAGGUACUUGGGCCAAUGCUUGGGCUACGCGCAUGCCUCUGCCGCUGAGGGUGCACGUGCCGACCAAAUCGCGCAGAAUGCGGUGGAUUACUGGGUUGAGGGGCGGAACUGUUUCCAUCCCCUGGACAAUUCUCAUUUGGGGUCGUACUCAUCACAGAAAGAUGCCGCAGACAAGUCUUCCCAAGAGUGGAGCCGCACGCGCAUGCGGUUGUGGCUGCAGCACUUUGAGAAGAUCGUUCUGCGGGCUGGUCCACGGAAGCCGGUCGCAGGCGGUUUUUCGGUCACCUACGCAGACUUCCUGCUCUUCCAUGUCUUGGACGCAACAGAGGCUCAGUUCAAUGAGGAGCACUUUUCGAGGGCUUGGGACGCUGCCCCCGAAGGCCUCAAGGCCUACAAGGAGUGGAUGGCGUCCCGGCCGAAACUCCAGGCCUACUUCAACUCGAACAGGCGGAAGCCUUGGGCAAAGGACUCCAUGAUGUGA